CUAAAUCGGUGAUCCGAAGGCCUUGCACUUUCCUUUGUAAUUAUAAAUGUAGAACUUUGUGACACUGUUUAAAUAAAAAAGGAAAUGGAAGAUAAUUUCUGGAAAAGUAUCGUUCGAAAACCAACCUCUUUUCUUAUUGAAAUUAUAGUCGAGAUGAAUAUCGGUUGCAACUAAGAUUUUGAUUGUAUCUUCCGAAUUAAGCUUUUCGCCGUAGUUUUUCUUUCGUCUGGGCGACAUUUUACUCAAUUAUGUAAAAUACAACCUUAAUGCGAGUCACUGUAUCUGGUAAGCCGGCACAGCUGGCAGGAACAGAUCCACCUUACCACAACUAAAAAAGAAAAAUCGCUCGUCAGCAUUUCGCCGGAAGCCCGGCAGUAAGAUACUUCUUGUGUUAUUGGCUCCCGAAGGGCACUGUGCUGCCGUCCGCAAAUAAACCGGCGGAGAGCAACCGAGCCAGAUGCGAGGCCGGGGCAUCGAUUCGUGGGUUGUUAGGCGACGAGGCGGCGGCUCGCAAUCAAAGCGCGCGUUGAAACUAGAAAGUACAGUUAUGUUCCGUUCUGAUUACCGAAAAUCAUUUUUAUCACGGAGUUAGGAGCAGGAGUUUAGUACGGGCGUUAGGAGCAGAGGAAGCAAUCCUCGAGGAGGUGGAAACAGACGGCAUCAUGAGCUUGCCGACGAGAAGAAUCCAAAGGACAUCCGCACAUCUUUCCCGAUUGCCGAGGAUUAAUUAAGUGACUAGUGUUUUGUGACAGUAAUGUGAAAGUGAACUCCUUGUCGAGAAUUAAUUGUGAAUGUACAUCUGAAUGGUCAUGUGAAUGUGCAUGAGCGUGUGCAUGCAUAUCCAUAUGUAAAAUGGCGAGUAGGAUCGAACGGCAGUAUGAAGAUAAUUGUCUAAAAUAGUAUGGGCGAGACACGCAAGUGUAUGGAGUUGCGAAGACAUCGGUUGCGAACGCUGGUAUCAGGGAUCCCAGCAUUCGCCCUAAAAUGGCGGACAGAUCUUUGAGUGGGAAUGCGACGCGUCAAAGUUCUUGUUACACGGUAUGGACUCCGUAUGAAAUGUGGCACUACAGUUGGCGUUUUGGUCGCACGAAUAUUGCAUCGUGUGUCACGUACGUGUCGUCGGAUUCCCAUCCUGGGAUCUGUCCGCCAUUUUGAGGUGAGAGCUGGGAUCCCUGGUACCAAUACGAGAUCAAAUCAAUAUCAGAAUACAUGCCUCCAAGCCCUUGAACUUUAAAAUAUUUGAUUAAAUGUUUAUUUUCGAAUAAUUUCUAAAUUAUUAAUUAUAUCGAAGAAUAUGUUAGACAAAACUGAAUAGAUCGCGUAUUUGGCUGUUAGUUUCUUUAGUAAAUCGAACGAUUUGUAGAAAAAAUGCAAUAAAAGUCAGAAAGAAAUAAAAACUAUUUUCUCAUUUUAAAGACUGCGUGUUCGAUUAUUGCGGGAGAAGUGGGGACCGUUGCUCGCGCGUAUUGUGUAAGAUAACUGACACUCUCUGUCCGUAACUCGGACUGUAAAGAUUCAUUAUCACAUCAUUCUUCCACUGAAUAUUUAAUAAUUAUUAGCACACACGGGCUCAUACUUGAUCAAUGGGUCCAAAUCCUUAAUCUCUUACUACACGUUUCACGUACCAUGUAUACACGCGACCUCUACUAGACAUGGUUGCUACAUUUGAUGUGGUAUCGAACGAAGAGGUAUUAGUAUUGAUAAAUGAUACCAAGUACUUGAUAUUUGAUACCAAGUAAAUGACACUACGUACUUCGAUGUCGGAUUGUAACGACUGACGCUAAUCAAUCACAUUACUAGUCUUACACCUCACAAGGAGAGGUACCCAAACCUGACACUGAGUUUUUGAUGAGAUUCCACACAGUGGCAAAGCUUGUAAAACUGAAUCUAAUGGUGCUUUGUAUUGAGUGCAGACGGCUAAUAGUUUUUGAGGUUUUUAAUGUUGAAGUUGUCAGUGACAAAACCUGUGAAAGAUAAGCCGCUCCGUUGUGUCGCAUUAAGUCACCCCCUCUCCGGCCCUCGCUCCAUGAUACAAUGGCCCAAGAGCCACCUUAUCUAUCUAGCUAUGUUACCAACAACUUUAACAUUACAUAUUUCAAGAAAAUAAAGAAAUAAAUCAAAUAUAAUAACAUAGAGUUUUAAAAGCUCUACUACUAUGCGAAAUUUCAUCAAAAAGUCAGCGUCAGACCUGGGAACCUUUUCUUGUAAGGGGGCACGAUUGCUGUGGGUUUCACUUAAACAUUCACUCUCUUGUGUUCAAUUUAACCUUGAGCUUUCGCUUUAUCCUCAUUGAUUCUAAGAGGUGGGAUUUCAGAGUGGGGUUCCAGAGCAGCGAAUGAUACGUCGGAUAUCGAUAUCCCAUCCGUAGCCAUCCCUACUUUUUGAAUUAUGCGAAUUUGCAGAAUGUGGUGGGAGUAAUCAUAUCGCUACUCUGUGAAAUAAGUGAAUAAAUGGGGGAAUAAGCCAACUGCUGCUUAUGGAUCGCCAGUUGGACAGUUGGCCAUUGGUCUGGUCUGGUAUAUUAUACAUAUGUAAGAUUUAUGACCUGAAAUACAAAAAGUGAAUCAAUCAUUUCAUAAAAACACAUACACAAAAUUACACAUUUGGGGUAGAAAUCAUGGAGCAUGGUGUGUGGUUAGAAGUAAUAGCAUCGAUUAAUGCUGACAGUGGUUUGAGUGAAAGUAUUAUUAUUGAAAAAGGAAAGGAGAAAUUAAAGGCAACAGAUCCAGUCACAUAUGAAGAGUGGGAGAAGAAUCGUUUUGAUCUUGAUCAUCUAUUUAAAUGUCUCAAUGACAAUGGUAAUGAAUAUCAAACAUUAUUAAGUUUAGUUGCUAGAAACGGCUAUAUUGACAUAGUAAAAAUUCUAACAAACAAAGGAGCAAGUGUUACUAAACCAAAUAACUGUGGGAGUACACCGUUGCAUUUGGCUGCUAGCAAUGGCCAUUUGGAAAUAGUGAGACUUUUAAUACAUAACAAGAGUGAUGUCAAUAAACCAAACAAAUUUGGAAGAACUCCAUUUCAUUGUGCAGCAGGAAAUGGUCAUAUAGAAAUAAUGGAAGUUCUAUUGAACACAGGGACCAAUAUCAAUACAAUAGAUAAUUACGGACUGACGCCUUUGCAUUGUGCUUCUUACAAUGGUCAUCUGGACACGGUAAAAUAUCUGAUAGAUGAGAAGCUACAGCCUUUACAUUGUGCUUCUAAUAAUGGUAAUCUGGACACGGUAAAAUAUCUGAUAGAUGAGAAGAAUGUUAAUUUUAUGGUUGUUGAUGACAAUGGCUGGACUCCUUUGCAUUGUGCUUCUGAUAAUGGUCAUCUGAACACGGUAAAAUAUCUGGUAGAUGAGAAGAAUGCCAAUGUUACGGUUGCUGACAACUAUGGCUGGACUCCUUUACAUUGUGCUUCUAAUAAUGAUGUGUAUAAGAGACAGCCUUUACAUUGUGCUUCUAAUAAUGGUAAUCUGGACACGGUAAAAUAUCUGAUAGAUGAGAAGAAUGUUAAUUUAACAGUUGCUAACAACUAUGGCUGGACUCCUUUGCAUUGUGCUUCUUACAAUGGUCAUCUGGACACGGUAAAAUAUCUGAUAGAUGAGAAGAAUGUUAAUUUAACAGUUGCUGACAACUAUGGCUGGACUCCUUUGCAUUGUGCUUCUUACAAUGGUCAUCUGGACACGGUAAAAUAUCUGAUAGAUGAGAAGAAUGUUAAUUUAACAGUUGCUGACAACUAUGGCUGGACUCCUUUGCAUUGUGCUUCUUACAAUGGUCAUCUGGACACGGUAAAAUAUCUGAUAGAUGAGAAGAAUGUUAAUUUAACAGUUGCUGACAACUAUGGCUGGACUCCUUUGCAUUGUGCUUCUUACAAUGGUCAUCUGGACACGGUAAAAUAUCUGAUAGAUGAGAAGAAUGUUAAUUUAACAGUUGCUGACAACUAUGGCUGGACUCCUUUGCAUUGUGCUUCUUACAAUGGUCAUCUGGACACGGUAAAAUAUCUGAUAGAUGAGAAGAAUGUUAAUUUAACAGUUGCUGACAACUAUGGCUGGACUCCUUUGCAUUGUGCUUCUUACAAUGGUCAUCUGGACACGGUAAAAUAUCUGAUAGAUGAGAAGAAUGUUAAUUUAACAGUUGCUGACAACUAUGGCUGGACUCCUUUGCAUUGUGCUUCUUACAAUGGUCAUCUGGACACGGUAAAAUAUCUGAUAGAUGAGAAGAAUGUUAAUUUAACAGUUGCUGACAACUAUGGCUGGACUCCUUUGCAUUGUGCUUCUUACAAUGGUCAUCUGGACACGGUAAAAUAUCUGAUAGAUGAGAAGAAUGUUAAUUUAACAGUUGCUGACAACUAUGGCUGGACUCCUUUGCAUUGUGCUUCUUACAAUGGUCAUCUGGACACGGUAAAAUAUCUGAUAGAUGAGAAGAAUGUUAAUUUAACAGUUGCUGACAACUAUGGCUGGACUCCUUUGCAUUGUGCUUCUUACAAUGGUCAUCUGGACACGGUAAAAUAUCUGAUAGAUGAGAAGAAUGUUAAUUUAACAGUUGCUGACAACUAUGGCUGGACUCCUUUGCAUUGUGCUUCUUACAAUGGUCAUCUGGACACGGUAAAAUAUCUGAUAGAUGAGAAGAAUGUUAAUUUAACAGUUGCUGACAACUAUGGCUGGACUCCUUUGCAUUGUGCUUCUUACAAUGGUCAUCUGGACACGGUAAAAUAUCUGAUAGAUGAGAAGAAUGUUAAUUUAACAGUUGCUGACAACUAUGGCUGGACUCCUUUGCAUUGUGCUUCUUACAAUGGUCAUCUGGACACGGUAAAAUAUCUGAUAGAUGAGAAGAAUGUUAAUUUAACAGUUGCUGACAACUAUGGCUGGACUCCUUUGCAUUGUGCUUCUUACAAUGGUCAUCUGGACACGGUAAAAUAUCUGAUAGAUGAGAAGAAUGUUAAUUUAACAGUUGCUGACAACUAUGGCUGGACUCCUUUGCAUUGUGCUUCUUACAAUGGUCAUCUGGACACGGUAAAAUAUCUGAUAGAUGAGAAGAAUGUUAAUUUAACAGUUGCUGACAACUAUGGCUGGACUCCUUUGCAUUGUGCUUCUUACAAUGGUCAUCUGGACACGGUAAAAUAUCUGAUAGAUGAGAAGAAUGUUAAUUUAACAGUUGCUGACAACUAUGGCUGGACUCCUUUGCAUUGUGCUUCUUACAAUGGUCAUCUGGACACGGUAAAAUAUCUGAUAGAUGAGAAGAAUGUUAAUUUAACGGUUGCUGGCAACUAUGGCUGGACUCCUUUGCAUUGUGCUUCUAAUAAUGGUCAUCUGGACACGGUAAAAUAUUUGAUAGAUGAGAAGAAUGUUAAUUUUAUGGUUGUUGAUGACCAUGGCUGGACUCCUUUACAUCGUGCUUCUUAUAAUGGUCACCUAAGCACGGUAAAAUAUCUGGUAGAUGAGAAGAAUGCCAAUGUUACGGUUGCUGACAACUAUGGCUGGUCUCCUUUGCAUCACGCUUCUAAUAAUGGUCACCUAAGCACGGUAAAAUAUCUGGUAGAUGAGAAGAAUGCCAAUUUAACGGUUGUUGACAACAAUGACCGGUCUCCUUUAUACCUUGCCACUGUUGGCGAGUGCAAGUAUGACGUGGUAGUGUACUUAGUAAAUAAAGGUGCAGAUGUUAAUAUUGCUACUGACAAGGGCAGGACUUCAGUUUCUGGUGCUGCUUUUUCUGGUAAACCGGAUGUGUUGAGAUAUCUUAUAGAAGAUAGAGGUGCUAAUAUGAAUACUUGUGAUAGAUAUUACCUCAGUUCUUUGUGUAUAGCUGUUGAAAAAGGUCAUUUAGAUGUAGCGAAAUACCUUAUAGAAGAAACAGGAUGUGAUAUUAACUCUAAAGAUAUAGGGGGUAGGACUAUUUUACAUCUCGCUGUGCACAGUGGCAAUUUAAAUAUGGUAAAAUAUCUUAUAGAAGAGAAUGGUAUGGAACGAUAUGUAAAUACUAGAAGGAUUGAUAACCGUUGGACUACUUUACACGAAGCUGCUUCUAAAGGUUACCUGGAGAUAGCAGACUUUCUUAUAAACAAAGGAGCAUUAUUAAAUGUGUUUGAUAAAUUUGGUGACUCUCCUUUACAUAAAGCUGCUACGAGAAAACAUAUGAAUGUAGUAAAAUUACUUGUAAGCAAAGGUGCUAAUCUUAAUCCAAGGAAUAAUAAUGGUCUUACACCUUUGCAUUUCAGUACUAAAAAGGGUCAUUUAGAUGUGAUUAAAUUUCUUGUGGAAAAAGGAGCUAAUAUCAACAUUCGAGAUUAUUAUUUAAAUAGUCCUAUGGAUUUUGCUGUCCAGCACGGUAAAGAAGAUAUCAUAGCAUUUUUUAACAGUACUAGUUUUAGAAGGGAUACAUACUGAUAUUUGUAAUAGAAUCGUUUGUGUGUAAGUAUGAACGUUAUGUCUAUGUGAGGUUGGUAGCAUAUAUGCAGCAUGAUAGCAGACUAGGCGCACCGAAGCAUGAACAAUGAUUUUAAGUUUAACACAUUUAUAUAUUUUAUAUGAUGUAUUUGUUUUAUUAAAUUAAUAGGAAGUCUAAGUAAUACAAUAUGAAUAUCUGCAGAUAUAUUGGUUACGUUAAUGGAGAGUUUGUGGAAAACAUAUGUAGAAAAUGACAAGAUGAAUCAAUGAGUACAUGAAAAAAUUUAUAAUACUAUUAAAAAAAAAUAAAGUUGACUCUCAUAUGUCCUGCAUGCGUCCAUCUAAAAAAAUUGUAUUCAUAUCAGAUUAUAUGCCCUCUAAAACCAUA